AUGUAAAAUGCAAGUCAGAUUUUUAAAGAAUAAAGUGCUCUAAGGUCUAAAAGUGAGUUGAUUUAAUAAAAUGAAGUUGAUUUUUCCAUAAUACAAUAUAAUAUCCAAAGCGAUAUUAGACUCAAAAAUAAACAUUCAAUAAAAGAUUAAAUAGAGCAUUUGCAAUUGGAAAUUGCAGAUUUAGACUAAUAUUAAGAAUAAAUAAGCGAGGAACAGAAAAAAUAUAGAAAGAGCAAAUUAAAAUUAUAAUUGACGGAAGCUUUGAGACAAAGUGAACAUGCUUCAACAAUUUCAAUAAAUUAGAUUGGUCAAAAAAUUGAAAAAGAGAAUAAAGAAUUAAUGCUUUAUGUGUUAAAAGAAGCUUUAGCAAGAGAUUAAAACAGAGAAUUAUUUAUGACUGAUGGGAUACACUCUUGUGGGUUUGAUUCGAUAAUAGGAGCAUUUGGUUAAGAUUAAUAAUGUCUUCGAUUCAGAACAACUUAAGUUGAAUAUGAAUAAUUAAAAUCUGAUUGCAUGUUUAGGGAAUAAUAUCUAUUGAACUUUUAGGAAAACAUUUCAAAAAUUUUUAAGGUUGAUCCAAAAGAAGUGUAAAUUUUAGAUCUAACAGAAGGAAGCAGCAUUAUUUCAUUCAAAAUUAAGAGUAAAGCUGACUUAAUAGAUCAACCAGAUUCUAUUGAGUUUCUUGAAAAAGUAUGUAAUGGCUCAGUUGAAAUUUAUAAUUAUUUUUUUGAAUGUAAACGUAACAAAAAGAAAGGGAUUGGACUAAGGAAUCAAGAUUUUGAUAGCAGGUUUAAUAUGGUUUGGGAUGGCUUUCAAGAGUCUUAAAAAAGAGGACCUCUUGAUUAAAGUUAUGAUUAUUAUUUUCCCAAAGGGUGCUGUGGUUUUGGCUUAGAUAUUACCAAGUAUGGAAACGAUUAAAACUGGAUUAAAAUGGAUGGUAACAAAGAUGAGUGGAGAAUAUUAUUUCAUGGAACAAAGAACGAAAAUGUAAAUAAUAUCAUAACAUCUACUUUAAAAGAAGGAUUUUCGAAUGUUUAUGCAAAAGACUCAUGUAAAGAUGAAUUUGGAAAUAAUGUUCUUGUUGAAAAUGGAAUAUACUUCUCGGAUAAGUUUAAGGUUUGUGUUGAUAAAGGAUAUGCUACUCCUAUUUAAGUAAGCAAUAAGAAAUUUUCAGCCAUCUUUAUGACAAGAGUUAAUCCAAAAAAAAUCAGAUAAUCUGAUCGAAUGAAAGAAUAGCGCUAUUUUGUAGUAAAUAGAAGUGAGGAUGUUAGAUAAUAUAGAGUCUUAAUAUAUGAGGCUAAGUGAUAUGUUUAUCAUAAUUAUAAAUAUUAUGAGGC